CGCUGGAACGGAAGCUACGUCACAGGGAGCUUGCGACCGCCGCACGGAGAGCGACGCCGCUUCUUAACCGCGCCUAGAAACCCCCCACCCCCUCGAGGGCCGUCGCCGCCAUGGAUUACGGGGAAGAAAUGGAUCGUGACUAUGGGCAUGGUGCCUAUAGUGGCCCAAGAGCUAUGGACUCUUAUAUGAAUCAGUCAUAUGGAAUGGAAAGCCAUGGAGGUGGCGGAGGAGGAGGAGGAGGAGGUGGAGGAGGAGGUGGAGGAGGCACUGCCAGGUUUGGACCUUAUGAGUCUUAUGACUCCGGGUCUUCUCUGGGUGGGCGAGAUCUGUACAGAUCUGGCUAUGGUUAUAAUGAACCCGAACAAAGCCGCUUCGGAGGUAGUUAUGGUGGUCGAUUUGACAGCAACUACCGGAAUAGCCUUGACUCUUUCGGAGGUAGAAACCAGGGCGGGUCUAGCUGGGAAGCACCUUACUCACGCUCAAAAUUGAGGCCUGGGUUUAUGGAGGACAGAGGAAGAGAGACUUACUCUUCCUACAGCAGUUUUUCUUCACCCCAUAUGAAGCCUGCACCUGUAGGCUCUCGGGGGAGAGGAACGCCUGCUUAUCCUGACAGUGGAUUUGGAAGCAGAAACUAUGAUGCUUUUGGAGGACCAUCAACAGGCAGAGGCCGUGGCCGAGGAUAUAUGGGAGACUUUGGAGGCAUGCAUAGACCUGGAAUUGUGGUAGACUAUCAUAACAAACCCAGUUCUGCAGCAGUAGCUGCACGAGGAAUAAAGAGAAAAAUGAUACAGCAGCCGUAUAAUAAACCAGGUGGGACAUUUAUCAAGAAACCCAAACUGACAAAACCUAAUGUGAAGAUGAACCAAAACAAACCUAAAGAGAUUCUAAUGCAGGAAGAAGCAACUUCCUCGGAAGAAGCAACUUCCUCUGAACAAUGGAUAAACAACAAGAAGAAACACCGGAGGCAAAGAAGGGGUAGAGCGGGAAUUUUAGGCGUCAAGCCAGAAGUAAAAAAUGAAGAGGAAGAAAAACGUCGAAUUGAGGCAAGAAGGGAGAAGCAAAGGCGUAGGAGGGAGAAAAAUAGUGAAAAGUAUGGUGAUGGUUACAGAAUGGCAUUCACCUGCUCAUUCUGUAAAUUUCGAACCUUUGAAGAGAAAGACAUUGAAGCUCAUCUUGAAAGUGCUGUUCACCAGGAGACUUUAGAUCACAUUCAGAAACAGACCAAAUUUGACAAAGUUGUGAUGGAGUUUCUGCAUGAGUGCAUGGUGAAUAAAUUUAAGAAGACUGCUAUGCGUAAACAGCAGACUACAAGCCAAAUGGAAGCUGCUCAGAUUACUGAAAAAGAUGUAAUGGAAGGUGUUACGGCUGAUGAUCAUAUGAUGAAAGUUGAGACUGUCCUUUGCUCUGCAUGCAGCGUCUAUGUUCCUGCACUACACAGUUCUGUUCAGCAGCAUUUAAAGUCUCCAGAACAUGCAAAAGGAAAACAGACUUACAAAGAACAAAUUAAAAGAGAGAGUGUUCUAACUGCUACCAGUAUUUUGAAUAACCCCAUAGUGAAGGCACGGUAUGAACGUUACGUCAAGGGUGAAAAUCCAUUUGAAGUCACUGAUCAAAGUGCAGAACAGCAGGCAGAAGAAGAAGAAGAAGAAGAAGACAAGGCAAAUGAACCUGCAGAAGAGGAGGAGGAAGAGGAGGCGGAAGGGGAAGAAGAGGAGGAAGAAGCAGAAGCAGAAGAACAGACUGACUUCACUCUUGACCAAACGGAAGAUAAUUAAAUACAAAAAUUUUGCAGAAGCAGAGGGAAGUCCUACUUUUACUUUUCUGUUCAUAUGGCUAAUUGUAAAAUUUAUUAACAGUUACAACACGACUGUUGUUAUCCUCAACCCUCUGCAUGUACUUCAUUUGAAGAAGUCGCUCUGUAAUCUACUUCCACUUUUGCUUAAAAAUGGAAGUAAUCCCAUUUUUUAGUAGAACCUUUCUAGUGAUCUUGCUGUUAGAAUAUAUUGCGUAUCUUGUGAACAUUGGAUUUUUGUUUCUUGAUGUUAAGAUUUGGAUACAAAUAAAGAAAGUAGUAAGUUUAAAUCAUUUCACCACAAUGCAGGGUAAAUAGUUCUAGAAGCCUACUAAAUAUAGAAUUAUGUUGUGAGUGUGCCUGUCUCCUGGACUGUAUCACUCAUUGUAAAGUAUAUGUUAUAACUUGUAGUUUUGUGUGUGUGUGAUGAAAACGACUUGUUUGUAACAAUAAAACAUUUUAGAAACC